AUGGACCCAAGUGGACCUGUGCAGAAGCAGAUUGAACAGGAGACUCGAGUUAAAAUCAUUUUCCCAUCUGCAAAGGAGGAAACACUUGUUGCCCUCGAAGGCAAAAGUGCUGAAAGUAUUAGAAAAGCAUCAGAGAGGAUUUCAAAGAUCCUUGGAGAGGCUGUUCAAAGUCCAAUGCUAGAUUACUCGCAUUUCAUAUCACUUCCGUUGGCCAUCCACCCGGCUCUUGUCGAGAAGCUAAAUAACUUCCAGAGGUCGAUCCUCAGGGCGUCUGCAUCUAAUGUGGAUAGUGAUAAGGAUGAAAGCCUAAGCGAAGGUUCUAUGGAAGAAAUUGAUGAAGCAGCGAACCCUAGUGUUUCAGUCAAGCUGCCAGUCAAAGAAGAAAAUUCUGUCAUAGUGAAAAUGGAUAAUAAGGGCUCCCAACCAGAGUUCAGCAUUGACAAGUCGAUAUUCAUAAAACCCAAAAUGUUUCACCUAACGGUUCUUAUGUUGAAGUUGUGGAACAAGGAUCGUAUUUCUCAGGCUUCUGAAGUCCUCCAGUCAAUAUCUUCCCAGGUAAAUGAAGCUUUGGAAAACCGACCUAUCUCUAUACAACUUAAGGGUCUGACAUGCAUGAAAGGCUCACCAGCUAGGGCCCGUGUUGUAUAUGCUCCAGUACUUGAAAUUGGUGCUGCUGGCAACUCUGGAAGCAUCGAAAUUCAGUCGUCUUUCAACGCCAACAGCCGUCGGUGGAUCGGGUGCUCGCCUGUUGCAGAGACGAUGCUGUGCUGUGGCGUUGCAAGCUGCCUGCGGACAGUAGAACCCACAUUGACUCAUGGCUUCAUGCCUUCCUUCCCUGACCUGAUUAUUGUUUAG